AAAGCUUUGGAGCAGUGGUAGAAGGAAGAAGACUGUAGCUGCUGCCAGAUAUUUCCUCUCUGCACAAAGACCAGAAAACAACGUGAAUACUUUUCCUUGAAAAAGUUGAGAGAAGCGGACAUGGACGGGACAAUGUUCGGACGCGCGUCGCCCCUGUGCACCUUGCUCUGGGCUCUGCUGGUUUGCUGUGCGGCUGUGACCGUGAACGUUUCUCCUAAAGUGGAGGUGUUGAAAGGAGAAACUGUCAAACUGCCCUGCACCUUCACCGGCGCUCCGCCAUCAGCCAACACUAUCGUCGAAUGGUACAUGGACGAGCAGGGAGCCAGGAAGCGCGUGGCUUUCCGUCCCCAGGGUGGCGACGCCAAAGUUGACGAGGGCACCCCCCUCGCAGGCCGCGUCACCAUGGGCGAGGACUUCAGCUUGACCAUCGCCUCCGCCCAGCCCUCCGACGAGCUCCUCUUCUACUGCCAGGUCAUGGCUGGCCCUUCCGGGGUCGCAGAGGCCUCCACCAUGCUGAAAGUCUUCUGGGCUCCCGAGAAGCCAGUGCUCACGAGACCAUCCAGUCAGGCCAUAUCUGUGGGAGAGACCACCAGCUCUGAGAUUAGCGCAUGUGUGACGAUGAAUGGACAUCCCCAGCCGAGAAUCAUCUGGUUCAAAGAUGGCCAGCCCCUACCUGAAUACAAGGACAGGAAAGAGAAGACCUUCAUGGUCCCCUCGGUGGUGAAGGAGGCCUCAGGUCUCUACACCAUGAAGAGCACCUUGUACAUGCAGCCCACCAAGGCCGACAAGGACGCCGUGUUCCAGUGCACCGUGGAGUUCAGCAUGCCAGGAGACCAGAUCAAACAGAAGAAGUCCGACACCAUCACCAUCAACCUCAACUAUCCAUCGGAGAAAGCAACAUUUUCCCUCGUCAACGCCAGUGCAGUCAAAGAGGGCGACACCGUCACCAUGAAGUGUGAGACUGAUGGAAACCCUCAGCCCGAGUUCGACUUCACUAAAGACGGAGAGGUCAUCACCGGUCAGGGCGGACUCCUGACGCUGAAAUCCGUCAAGCGCACAGACACCGCUCUGUACAAGUGCUCAGCCAUUGAUUACGACAACUUGGACGCUGACCUGACCGGAACCAUCAACCUCAAUGUCCACUACAUUGACCCCGUGAACGUGACCCCUGUCGAGCCUCAAGUGGUCAAGCUGGGAGACAAGGUGGAAUGGCAGUGCAAGACCAAGGCCUCCGCUGCGCACACUGUUCAGUGGAAAAAGGGCUCUGAUGUGCUCUCUCAGGACGGCACUCUGUCAAUACAAGAUGUUUCCUAUGAUAAAGCUGGGGAGUACAUGUGUGUUGGAGCUGUGCCCUCUGUGCCAGGACUGACAGCGGAGUAUAGUGUCAACCUCACCGUCAAAGGAAAGCCGAUGAUCGAGACUCCCGCUGCAGGAGAGGUGGUGAAGGAAGGAGACAUGGUGUCUCUGAAGUGCUCGGCCUACGGCUACCCCGCCCCUCAGUUCACCUGGAAGCCCUCAGGAAAGGAGUCUGUGUCAGUGGAAGGAAACAAGGUGGUGAGCACCGUGACCCUGCAAACCACAGCCGAGAUCAUGAAGGCCGGGGUGACCUGCGAGGUCACCAACGAGCACGGAGCUGAUAGCAAGUCCUUCCCGGUAUCUCUGAAACGAGCAAUUGACAACUCAGCCGACAGAGCUGACAAGCAGCAGGGAGGCUCCAGCGGGGUGGUGAUAGCCGUGGUGGUGUGUGUUCUGCUGCUCCUGCUGCUGGUGGCCCUCAUCUACUUCCUGAACAAGAAGCGCAAGUUGCCCUGCAGCAAGAAGGACAAGAAGGAAGUAGCCAGCGGAGAAGUGAACAACGACAUCGUAGUUGAGAUGAAGACAGACAAGGCCAAUGAAGAGGCCGGUCUCCUCAACAAGAGACCGUCCACAGAACAGUCUUGAACUGCGUGGAGGAAAACAACCGGCAGAGGGAUGAAGGGAAGGAGGACAACUGUUAUGAAGACAACAGGGCCAAUUUUUUAUUCACUAUACUAGAGGAGUACUGAGAGGAGGGGACACGAGGUGGAGCGUGGACGUGGGUUUGUUCUGGGGACUUCGGGAGGCUUAGCAGGCAUCAGUCAUGCUUGUUUUAUAACCUGGGGUAGACCUGCUGGGUGGAGUUAUAACCCCCAUUCCUUGAUAUUUUUUUUUAAAGAUCCACUUUCUUCUGCUCCACCCAUCUGAGCUGCCACAGGUUAAAGACUCAUAAUCACUGGAUGACGUCACUAUCAUCGCUUUUUUUAAUUAUUAUUAUUUUCAUCUAACUCCUUCAAUCACAUCUUUGACUCCACUGCAGAGUAGAGCUGAACAUUACAAACACGGCGGCACAAUCGUUCUUAUCUUCCCCAAAUUACACAGAAAAUGCCAUUAAGCCCCUGUGUGUGUAUGUGUGUGUUUUAAUCGGAAGUGUGUGUUUGCUUGUUUGCAACACCGAGCGUCUACUCUCAGGCUGUCGCUCGGCUUCAUCCAGCCCAGUAACAAGUGACGAUUUAUGCUCACGACAUUUAAUCCCUAAACACACGCCUGUAACCAUUUCCGCUCAAAGAAGCUCCGCGUUUGCUUCAGUGCUGUUUCUUUAAUUGCAUCUUUUGCCACCUGCAAAUGUUCAUGGAUAUUCCCCCCCCCCCAUCUCCCUAAUUAGUUUCCGGUAGAAACUGCUUUGAUAACGUCGAUCCUCGCUCUACAAUUGCUUGUUUUUCCAAUCCAGCUAAAAAAAGCCACUGAAAGAAGAAAGCUAUUAGGUUGUACAAAUUUGUUCUUCCCAUUUCCAGCGUGCUUGUACAUUAUGUUAGUGCACCACUCGUUUGCUUGUUGUUUUACUUUGCUCUCCUGGUUUUUUGUUUUUUUUUUGUGGAUUCAAAUGCUGAUGUGUACUGUGCACAAUGUGGAGCUCAGAAAGCAUCUGUGCUUAUUAAGCCGCCGCCCUGGGACCGUAAUUGCUGUCAUUUCUUCUCAAAGCCUUUCGCAGCCCCCCCCCCCACCCGUCUUCUGCACCGGAAUGAAACCGUUUCUCACGAGCGGCGUCUCCGCUCACAGAACCUAAUUAUCCUCGACUUUCGCUGUAAAAUUGGUGGAAUUAUGGUGGAAAUGGUCGACGGGCUCAAAUAAGAGGCGUGCUGAGCCUGUGUGUGUGUGUGUUGUUUUUCUAAUGACGGCACAGCAGAGCCUCCAGGGGGGGGGCUAAGCUGCAGUAGUCACAGAUUCACCUGUUUGGAGAAAUCACCGGCAUACGUUCACUCGUUCACUUCAUGGUUUAAUACAAUCUCGGAGGGGAGGGAGCGGGAGGGAUGGGGUUACAGCUCUUUGCUGGAAUUUGUGGUGUACCGUUUUAUUUUGUACCAAAUGAAAGAGUUUUCAGGAGUGUGUGUCUGUGUUUUAAGUUUGAAAUCCUGGCGUCUCUGUUCCUCCUCUACACUGUUCGCAGGCCCCAGAGGUCUGAUAGCGGGUUGAUGUGCCCUUUUACUUUGUUGUACACUGGAACCAAUGGCCUUGAUUUUUUACUUUUUCUAAAAAGGUCACCUCAAACCACUAUCUGCGCCCACAAGGCCUUUUCUUUAAAAUCAAUGUCUGUCUACUGAUCUUGCCAUAUUGACUGUUAGCUAACCUGUGAUGGCAGGUGAGAUAGAUACGUGAGUGUGGAGCAUCCUUUUUUUGAUUUUAAUGUUUUAUACAAAAAAAUAAUAUUGUGGUAUGCAAGUUUUUCUUUUUUUUAGGGGAUUCUUCAUUUUGCAACUACUGAGCUUUUCAUUUCUCCCACGAUUUCCCGCUCACUGAGAGAAGAGACAUGUUUUUUUAUUUUAUAUUUAGGAUUCUUUAUGAGAUAUUCUCAGUGCUUUACUUCUCUCGCUGUACUGUAUACUGUAUAUUUUGUGGUACACUGUUGUGACCUCUGUGGUGUGUUGAUGUAUCUUUUUGUUUUGUUCCAGCUGUGUAAAAUUUAUAAUGAAAAAAAAAAAACUCAAAGAAAACCACUC